AUAUUCAGUAUUUUCGGGAAAAGAAGACACAGCCACACCGAAACUCACAAUCGAAAAUAAAGCCUUUUCUUUUGCUUUAAAUUAGGUUUUUUUUUCCCGUAAAAUCGCAGUAGCCGCGGCAAGAAUAAUGCAAACUAGACUACUUUAAUUGCCGUGUGAAACGAGAGCGUGAACUGCGAACAAAUGUGUCGCAUUUUCGGUGCCCAUUGUGCGGUUUUGCCAGUUUAGUGUACACCUACGAAAAUUUUCACCCGUACUCGGGGACGCAUGAAAAAUGGCGGCGUCCUCAGCUGCGGUUGCGGCGACCCCCGAUCGCAUCCCGGUUCCGGCGGAGGCGCUAUCCGAGGAGUGCAAGGAUGACGACGCCCUGACCUCCACACUCCACACGUGCGCCAACGACCCGGACUUCGCGGUUAUAUGCGCCUUCCUCCAGAAGUUCGCCAAGGAUUUGGGCCUGAGUUUACCGAGCUUCAAGCAUUUGCAGGAGUGGUUGACAAACAACAACGAAGUACCCGAAUUAAGGGACUUGCACAUAAAGCUGCUGCGAAAGACUCGAAAGACGGUCCACGAGAAGAGCUGGGAGUCGGCCCUGAGCAAGUUCUGUUUCGGCUACUCGGUCCAGGAUGCCUGGGAAAUCGAGCGGUUUGGCUACAGGAACUCCAGCCUCAAGGUCAAGCUUCGAAUAUUUCGGGAACUCCUCGAAAGUCAGUUCGAGCGCAACGCCAAGUUCCGGGCCCACAUCCUCACCCUGAACGCCGACACCCUGCGCUCAGAGCCGAUUGGGCGGGAUCGGCUGGGUCACGCCUACUGGCUGACCCAAGACGCCGACUGCAACCUGCGCAUCUACCAAGAGCACCUGGACGAGGAAAUCUGGCAGGUGGUCGCCACGAACCGGGAGGAGUUCGUCAACCUCAUCGCCAGGCUGCGCGGCAACGAGGUGGUUCUGCCCUCGAAGGACAUCGGCGAGGCCGACGAGGACACCAGCAGCAGCAACAGUUGUCCGGCAAAACCGCCUCCUCCAGAGGAAAGGGAAGAAGAGGACGAGGAUGAGGAGGGCAAUGAAGACCAAGAGGAAGAGGAAGAGGGACCUGGAGGAGGAGGACAUAAGGGGCAGCCCGUGAAAACGGUGCCCAAUUUGAAAAUAAAACUGCGCUCUCCCGAGCAAGAGGAGCAGAAGUCCAAGAGGGUCAAGCCACUGCUCAUCAGCCAGACGAAACUGGGGGGCAGCGCUUCGCCGGCGCCAGCCAAGAAGCGAACCAUCGAGGACGUGGACAGCAGCCCCACAGCCGACCAGGAGGAGCAGCAGAAGAAGCACCGACCCACUCUGCUGGACACCAAGCGCAUCAAGAAGCCGAGUCGCUACGAGAGCACCAAGGACGAGAACGAGGGAGAGUCCGGAGAGGAGGAGGAAGAGGAGGACGAUGAGGAUUCUGAGUUGGAUGAGGGCGAGGAGGAGGAGGACGUCGAUAGUGCGGCGGCGGAUAUCGAAGAAGACGACGACGAAGAUGAAGUGGGUGAGGCGAUUGAGGACCCAACAGUACUGGUGAAAGGUCAAGGAUCGGGACGUGACUGCAAAGCAAUCCCUUAUUCUUUUUUGGAGAAUCAUCUGAACGACCUUGACUUCGAGGUUGAGCCGGAGGUCGGGGAAUCCAUCGACGAUCCGGUGCUCCAUGUGAUGGGCCAAGGAUGGGGAGCUGCUUGCCUCGUGGGCAAUGGCAAAAACGAAGCUCCCGUGGAGGAGACGACUACGGAGUCUUCGGAGCCGAAGGCCACCUUCUUUUUCGGAGAGCCGGGAUGCCUCAAGCUGAGCCCCAUGAAGCAAACUCCAAAGCCUGAGGCGAAGCGCAGCAUUUUCGCCAGCUUAAACGAGGAGAAAACGAAUGGGGAGAGUGAAAGGAGCCGGGAAGCGACCCCUCCCCGAAAUGGCAGCGAACUCAAGGAGGCUCCAGCGAGCGACGAAGCUACACCACCUGCAGCCGCACCGAGCGAAAAGACUAAUAAAAGCCAAGAAGCUACCGACGAAGAAGUUCCAACACAAGACGUCAAAGAGAAGGAGUCCGGCGAUCAGCAGAAAUUCAAAAUCAACGCUGUCGAAAAAAGCGAAAAAGAUGAAAACGUAAACGAAGUAACAGAAAAAAAUAUAACAAACAACAAAAGCAAAGAUUCAGUAAUGCAAAACCACUCUGAUAAAGGAGAACCAUCUUCGCCUAAGGAUAAGGAACUGCUGCAGAACGCAGGAAAGGAAGACACUUUCAAAGCGCACUUAAAAGAAGAAAGCAAUGAAAGUCAUCCAAUUAAGAAAGAAACCGAAUCCUGUGAAACUGAUAAACCAUUAGUAACUGAUGAUCUGAAUUCUACUAAGGAUUUGGAGAAGGCUGUUAUAGGCGGUGUCAAAGUGUUGAGUGAAGAAGAAACACCGAAUAACACCAAAAAUGAAACCAGAACUGAACCGGAAACGGAAACAAACGCCACAGAAGCAGCUUUAGACCCUGACCCAAAGGAAGUGGGCACCGAUUCAGUUGAGAAUGCUGAUAAAUGUGAACCCCUCGUUAGUCCUCCCUCAAGCAAAGUCGACGAAGUAAGUCCUACCAACGAAACGGAAGUUAAGCCAGAAAAGGUUAAAGAUCGCUUUGAAAGCGGUUCAGAAACGGCUGCGAACGACAAUAAACCCUCCAGUCUGCCUAAAGAUCAGAUAAGAUCUAUUGGCGAUGCUAUUGCAACCUGUCACGAAACUAUCAAAGGCAGCGAUUCCUCCCACGCAGAAGAUAAACCAACGGAAAUGGUACAAAGUGAAGUGCCGAGUACUUCGAAAAACCUGAUUUCCCAAGGGAACGACAAGCCAACGGAGAACGAUGUUAAUCGCAAGCCGUCUGUAGUGCCACCUCCAGAUGGUGAGCCAAUAUCUGUACCUAAGCCUUCUGUGCUCCUGAAUCGCAAAAGACGGCUUAACGACUCUCAGCCCGCUCUGAGGAACUCCACCUCCGAGAGCGAGGUGCAGGAGGAGGAGCCGCAGGACGGAGACCCAGCUCUUAAUGACCAGGAUGUGGGGGGCAAGCGCAUUAAGAUGCGACCCAAGACCACCAACGUUGAGACCAGGCGCAAGAUUGAGGCUCAAAAAACGCAGAUCGAGGAGACAACGUCCUCCAGCGGAGAGGAGGAUCCCCGCAGCCGGAGAAAGAUUGUAGCCACUGUAACCAAACAAAAGCCCACUCUCGAAGAAAUUAUAGAGAGGAAACUAAAGAAAUCGACGGAGGGCAGCCUGCCCGAAAAGGAUUUGCCGCAGCCCAAGUCUGAAAAGAGUGCCGAGAAGACGCAGCCGGUCAGAGAAGCUACACCUCCGACCAGCUCCUUCAGUCCACCAAAGAAGGCACCGGUAACCAAGCCACUAAAGAAGAAUCUCCUAACUCAACUGCGGCAGGAGGAGAGCGAGGAGGAGGCCAUCCCCAGGAAGCGGACGAAUAGCGAGACCAUACCGCCCGCGGUUUCUGUUCCCAGCACGGCUCCCGGUCACCUGGAGGAGCGCCAACGCAAGCGACGGAGCAGCGAGGACGCCAAAGAGACGUUUUCCAAGGAGUCCUCGCCGAGCGAUCCAUCUCCCGCCGUUAGCGAGAAACUGAAGCGCAACAACGAGCAGGACAUCAAGGAAGAGGUUGAGGAUCCCCUUGCAGGGACAGUCAAGAACUCGCCGCCUCCCGUUAAAGAGGAGUCUUCUCCGCCCGAGGGGUCUGCUCGGCGCUCUGGUCGCCGCGGAGGUGCUGCUGUCGUGCACUCCGAGCUGCCUCAGCCCAAGAGGACGCGAGGCGGAGCCAAGGACAAGCACCCGACAGAAAUGAAAGCCGAGGAGAAGCACGAGUCCGAAGAAGACGAGGAAUCCGCUAAAGAUUUAGCCAAUCAAAAGUCCGAGGCCAAAGGGGAUGCGGUCAAGGAAAUACCAGCAGAGGAGACAAAGCCGGAGGAGAAGGAGGACGUCAAGGAGGAACCAAAAGAAGAGCCUAAAGCAAAGGUGGGCCGGGGAAGAGGACCAAGGAAGAAGCGUGAGGUUGACACCACCAACAUCAUCGAGACCAACGACUCGGAGACUCCAGUGCGUCAGUCCCGGCGCAUUGCCCAGCAGAAGAUCAAGGAGGAGGCGGAGCGCAGAAAGCAGGAGGAGGUGGCUCUGCGCACCAUGAAGCAGGAGCUCAAGAAGAAGAAGAAGGCCGCAAAGGAGGCAGACCCAACAGUGCUGGAGCCCUCGGGAGAGGAGUCGGAGUCCGAGGCCAGCGAGGCGGAGGAGGAGGCCCGCAGUAAGAAGAAGAAAAAGUGCCCGGGCAAGGACGGCUGGUCCUCGGACUCAGAGGAGCAGCCCGAGAGCGAGGAGGAGGAGGAGGAGCCGCCGCACUACGAAACAGACCCUGGCUCACCGCUCUUCCGCUCCGACCACGAGUUCUCGCCGGAAUCCGAAUUGGAGGACGAGUCCCAGGUGGUGCCCAUGAAGCGGGCGCGCACAGUGCGCAAGGAAAACGCCGAAGACCAAGAAGAGGAGGAUGCGGAGGAGGCGUGCCAGAAGUGCGGCAAGUCCGACCAUCCGGAGUGGAUCCUGCUCUGCGACACUCCCGCCUGCAACAAGGGCUACCACUGCUCCUGCCUCUCGCCAGUGCUCUUCUACAUCCCCGAGGGCGACUGGCACUGCCCGCCCUGCCAGCAGGAGCAGCUCAUAGCCGCCCUGGAGCGCCAGCUGCAGCAGUUCGACUCGAUGGUGGCCCAGAAGCAGCAGGAGCGGAUCCUGGCCGAGGAGCAGGCGGAGCUGGCGCGCCAGGAGCAGGAGGCGGCCUCGCUGGCGGCGAAGGACGGCAGCUCGAAGAGGGAGAAGGAGGAGGACGAAGACGACGACGACGACGAUGAUGACGAGAAGGACGAGGAGGCGCUUGGCAAGCCGGAGAAGGUGAAGAGGCGCCGCGGAGACGGGCGCAGCAACCGGCGAGCUGCCAAGCGGGGGACCAGACGCCGCCGCGGAAACGAGUCCGACUUCAGCAACGGGAAGUCCGGGGGCAGUGGCUCCAGAUCCGGGUCGGGAUCGGGCUCCGGCUCGAGCAGCGACAACAGCAGCAGCUUCUCCGACUCGGACGACGAACCCAUCUACAAGUUGCGCAAGAGGCGGCAGAUCAAUGUGAGCUAUCGGCUGAACGAGUACGACGACCUCAUCAACUCGGCACUGAAGAAGGAGAUGGACGAGGUCGCCGGCGCAGGGAACCUGGGUCGCGGCAAGGACAUCUCCACCAUCAUUGAGGCGGACAAGGAGAAAGCGCGACGCGAGGAUCUGCCUGCGGAGGGAGCGGCGCCGGAAAAGAAGGAGGAACCGAAGGCCAAGUCGAGCGGCAGCAGCCACUCGUCGUCCGAGGACGAGGUGCCCCUCAAGCGCAGCAGCAAGUUCAAGCAGCCACCGGCCAAGAAGAAGCCCCGCAAACUGACCACCUUGGAUGUGAGCAGCGAGGAGGACCACGGCAGCGAUGAGGACUUCAAGACGUCCAGCUACUCGGACGAGGACACCUCGCAGUCUGGAUCCGGAGACUCCGACUCGAGUCUGGAGGUGUACAGGCGACCCGGUCGCGGGAAGAAGCAGCGAAAGGCAGCCAGGAGGGCGGCGCGGGAGAGGCGCAAGGACCGCAAGUUCGUGGUGGAGGAGAGCGACGAGAGCGAGGAGGAAGACCAGAAGCGACGGGCUUCAAAGAACAAAAAGAAGAAGAAGGAGGACUCGGACUACACCGAAACGGAGACGGAAGAUGACGACGACAACGAGUUGUCCGAGAACGUGGACAGUGCCGAUCUGUGCGACGACACCACUUCCGAGAGCGAAGACGGCGCCUGGAAUCCUUCCAAGAAGAAGAAGAAGGCGGCGGCGGCCGCCAAGAAGUCCAGCUCCGCGGCUGGCAUCGCCAGGAAGUCGCCCAAGCUGAAGAAGCUGGCCACCCAGUCGGCGAAGAAGGCCAAGCGCCUGGAGUACUCCGACGACGACAUCAGCGAGAGCGAGCCGGAGGAGGAGGAGGACGAGGACGAGGAUGACGAGGCCGGUGCGCCCUUGUCGGGCAAGGGCUCCGGCAAGCAGCCCCGCUCCCAGCCCCUCAAGCCUAGCGCAUCCGCCGCGCAGUCAGGCAAGGGAAAGGGUAAGGGCAAGGCCAAGAAGAAGAAGCCGCCAUCCUCCGACGAGGAGGACGGAGCCGCCUCCGACGACCGCACCCGCACCAGGGGACGCCGCUACGCCUACAUCGAGGACGACGACGACAGCUCCGAUGGCGGCAUCAAGCCCGGAGUCCAUCGGCCUGACACACCGCCCGAGGAGCGCCAGAAGUUCAUACAGCGGCAGGAGGAGAUCAAGCGGAUGCUGGCGGAGAAGAACGCGGAGGGCGCCAAGCUGGCGGCCACGCCCCGCCUCACACCCAUCAAGUCCGGUGCCGCCGUGCCCGAGAAGCGAACGCCCGGCAAGGCGGCGGGCGGAGACUCGCUCUCGACGGUGCCACUCUCAGUGAUUCGGCAGGCCAAGGUGCUGGACAUCGACUACCUGCAGCGCAAGGGCGAGGCGAUCGGGGACCUGGACGACGUGGACGAGUCGGAGCUGGAUGACGCCGAGCUGCCCGACGACUUGCCCGAGGACAUGGAGGACGCCAUCGCGCGCAUGGUGGAGGAGGAGGAGCAGUUCAGCGCGGCCGUGGCAGCCCGCGAGUUGCCUGGCGCCGAGGAGGUCCUGCGCACUACGCCCUCCAAGCAGCGGCAGCCCAGCAAGGCGGCCACCGAUCACGCAGCUCCCGCUCCCGCGCCCAGUGCGUCCGGCCUCCAGGAGCCCCACCGCAAGCGGCUGCCCAUGCCCACCAUGCAUCCGCCGCUCCUGCGCCACCAGUUCCCCCUCUCUGCCGGUCCGGCACACCCCCCCGCGUCCCUGCUGCCGCCCCACCCUCCCCACGGCAUGCACCCCAUGCUGCAGCGCCACCUCUCGCAGACUGUGCCCCCGCCGCAGGCCAUGCACCUCCUGCAGAACGCCCUCUCCGCCCCGCUCGGCCAGCCGCUGGGCUGCGGCAGCUAUGCGAGCGGCCCCGGGUCCGCCCAGCACCUGCCCCUGGUCAUGUCCAUGCCCUCGGCGGCGGCAGCCGCGCACCUCAUGCAGUCUGCGGCCGCCUCGGCUGCAGUGCGUCCGCCGGAGGCAGCUGCCGCGAGUCCGGCGCCCGACUCCAAGCCGAGGGGCCGGCGGAAAAAGGUGACUCCGCUCAGGGAUCAGCUGCAGAAGCAGCAAACGGCCGCGGCAGUCACGGCCGCCACUUCCUCCUCGACGCCGGGUUCGCUCCCUGCGGAGAAGGCGAAGGCACAGCCGCAGCCGCUCUUCAAGCCGCACGAGGACGCUCCCGCCAGUGCGGCCCCGCCGCAGGCCUCUGUGAUCACGCGGAUGCCGGCGCACCUGCCGCCGCCCCACGGACGAGGUCACGGACCGCCCGGCGGCAUGUACCCCAGCAGCGCGGAGCUGGCGCGGUUCUACGGCCAGGUGGCUGGCCAGCAGCCCAGCCCCGCCGGCGCGGCCUCCCGCUCCCCCUCGUCGUCGUCGAGCGGACCCCCGAGGCACCUGCUGCGGCCGCAGCUGCCGCCUGGAUUACCACCGCCCCACGCCUCCCUGCGACCCACCUACGGACCGCCGCCGCCUCUGCGCGGAUCCGGCCCACCCACGUCGACGGCGAGCGGUGGCUCCGGCAACCCACGGCCACCCUACCUCCACGGGGCGGAGCACCACGCCGGACCCUCCGGUCCGCCAAUAGGGGGAGUCUUUGGCUCCGGACCGCCUCCAGCGAGGCACGCGUCGCCCCACUUGAACCCCUACAGAGCCCCUCCUAUUUACGGCAACCCCAACUUCUCGCCUCGGGUCGGCGGCCCUCCAGGACCUGGCAGCAUGCGGCCAGGAUCCGUGGACUACGCAGCCGGAGCACGUGGAUACUCCCCGUACGGAUACUACCACCCGCCCCCGCCGCUGAACACGCCUCCCGCGCACGCAGCGCCCAGUUCGGUGAUCGUGAGUGCUCCGCCGGCAGGGCCACCAACGAACCACUCGGUGUCCGCUCUGACGCACGGGAAGAGCCUGGUCGCAGGACCGCCCCCCGCCGCAGUACCUCCUCCAGCAGCGGCCGGCGAGGCCGGCAGCCACAAGCCUCCCGUAGCCUCUGUGAUAACCAGCAAGAAGCUGACCACUCUGGAGGCGUACCCAGGCGGAAAGUCGCCGAUCGCUGUGGUCGGCGAGGUGCCAGGCUCGGCAGAGACUGCCAACUCACCUGCGCCCAUCGCCGAGGAUGACUCGGGAUCGGCUCACGACACCAGAGCUCCUCCUCCCGCAACGGGAGCAGCUGCCGUGGGCGAGUUCAGUGGCUUGGUAAGCUACUUCAGCUCGCAGCAGGACGACUACGACACAUAACAAACGCCGACAGGCGCCUAAGAAGAAUCUGUACAUAUAGUAGAUUGUCAUUUGAGAACGAUUGCGAUCGUCUUGCGGAGUUGAAAGAACUAAAUAUAAUGAUUAGGAAUGCAAUCACGGCAAUAUUUUAUCCUUAACAGUUUUGUGUUUAAAUCAAUGUAGAUUCGGUACUGAUUCAAAUUCUCUGAAAAGUUGUCCAAAGAUACUUUUUAUCCCCUAUGACGAUCACUACAUGAAAGUAUACCUUUAAAUACUUUAAAUUGUUUAGAUCGGUUGUUUUGGACUACCACUCAUCCCGGUUUUCUUUUUAAAGUUAUUUCAUUUUCCUUUCUGUUAAGCUAAACAAACAUCGCCUAGUAUUUUAAUUUUAUCUGUAUAUUUUUUGAACUCUAACAAAGUAAGCAUAAGUUAUAUAUGAUACAUACCAUUAAUACUAUCUAAAUUUAAACAAGUACGAUCAUAAAUAAAUAUAGUCAAUAAAUAUACACUUAAACUCGUGCAAGGCUCAUUGCAUUGACAUGUAAACAAAUUAUAUAACGAGUUAAUUACAUAACUAAGCAAUUGAAACGAUAAUGCAGUGCAUACUCUAAAAAUUAUACUACGCAUCCAUUAUAUCAUAACGCAAAUGGUAUACUUAAAUCAAAGAUGGACACAAACCUAAUGUUCAUAAUAAAACUAUUUAUCAUUAGUUACAAA